AGCGGCUCAUAUGUCCCGUAGCCGUGGCUCCCGCGCUGCGUGUCCUCCGUCUGCGGCAGCGGGCGCCGGCGGCCCCGGUCCCUGCCCGGCCCCCUCCCCCAGCCCCAUGCCCCAGCCCUGACCCCGCCGCCCUCCCCCGCGGGGGGCCUCGCCCCGUGCCCCCUGCCCACCCUGUCCCAGCCGGGCACCAUGAACGACCAGUACCACCGGGCGGCCCGGGACGGGUACCUGGAACUCCUCAAGGAGGCCACCCGGAAGGAGCUGAACGCUCCCGACGAGGAUGGCAUGACCCCCACCCUCUGGGCUGCCUACCACGGGAACCUGGAGUCGCUGCGCCUGAUCGUGAGCCGUGGCCUCCAAUGGCCACCUGCACUGCCUGUCCUUCCUGGUGUCCUUCGGAGCCAACAUCUGGUGCCUGGACAACGACUACCACACGCCGCUGGACAUGGCCGCCAUGAAGGGUCACAUGGAGUGUGUGCGCUACCUGGACUCCAUCGCGGCCAAGCAGGGCAGCCUUAACCCCAAGCUGGUGGGCAAGCUUAAGGACAAGGCCUUCCGCGAGGCGGAGCGGCGCAUACGCGAGUGCGCCAAGCUGCAGCGCAAGCACCACGAGCGCAUGGAGCGACGCUACCGGCGCGAGCUGGCCGAGCGCUCCGACACGCUCAGCUUCUCCAGCCUCACGUCCAGCACCCUGAGCCGCCGGCUGCAGCACCUGGGGCUGGGCAGCCACCUGCCCUACUCGCAGGCCACGCUGCAUGGCACCGCCCGGGGCAAGACCAAGAUCCAGCGAAGGCUGGAGCGACGCAAGCAGGGCGGCGAGGGCACCUUCAAGGUCUCCGAGGACGGCCGCAAGACCGUGCGCUCGCUCUCCGGCCUGCAGCUGGGCAGCGACGUGAUGUUCGUGCGCCAGGGCAACUACGCCAACCCCAAGGAGUGGGGCCGCUCCCCGCUCCGGGACAUGUUCCUCUCGGACGAGGACAGCGUCUCCCGUGCCACGCUGGCAGCCGAGCCAGCCCACUCGGACGUCAGCACCGACUCGGGUCACGACUCCCUGUUUACGCGGCCGGGCCUGGGCACCAUGGUGUUCCGCAGGAACUACCUGAGCAGCGGGCUGCAGGACCUGGGCCGUGAGGACGGGGGCCUGGACGGGGCAGGCACGCUGCGGGCUCGGCUGCAGAGCACCCCCAGCCUGGACGAGGACAGCCUGGGCAGUGCCAACAGCCUGCAGGAGCGCAGCUACUCGGAGGAGCUGCCCUGGGACGAGGUGGGCUUGGGCCUGGACGAGGGCCUGGAGCCCGAGACCAGCCCGCUGGAGACCUUCCUGGCCUCGUUGCACUUGGAGGACUUCACUGCCCUCCUGCGGCAGGAGAAGAUCGACCUGGAAGCCCUGAUGCUGUGUUCGGACCUGGACCUGCGCACCAUCAGCGUUCCGCUCGGGCCGCGCAAGAAGAUCUUGGGGGCUGUGCGGCGGCGGCGCCAGGCGCUGGAGCGCCCGCCCGCCCUGGAGGACACCGAGCUAUAACUGGGGGCUCCUCUUCUCAGACCAAAUGAAUUGCAAGUUGCCACAUUCCACGGUGGGGCCGCCCAGCCCUUCCAGUCGCCAGACCUGCAGCUCUGCUGGCCCCUGCCCCAGGAGCAAGGACCACUGUCAUCACCCUUGAAAGCCUGUC